CUGGAGGGGAAAAUCUCCUUCGAGGAGUUCGAGCGGCGGCGGGAGGAGCGCAAGAGCCGCGAGAAGUGCAAAAGCUGAAAGCCGUGGUCUGUAUGCUAAUCCCGAACAUCAGAGGAAGCAGGAGUGAGGCACGUGGCAAAGCUAGUAACUAAUGUUGUUGGUGUGCGUAGGACAGUGAGAAUGCAUCUGCUGAGGAGAACACCGACGACAUAGAUGCUCCCUCUUCAUCCAGAAAGGCGGCUGGAAAGUCCCAAAGUCAGGAUGAAACAGACGGAGAAACUGCAGAUGGCGUCAGUAAAUCUGUUCAUCGGGUCUUUGCGUCCAUGAUUGGGGAAAAUGAAGAUGAGGAAGAGGAUGAAGAGGAAGAGGAAGAAGAAGAGGAAGAAACUACCGAGCAACCCACAGCUGGAGAUGUUUUUGUGUUGGAGAUGGUGCUUAACAGAGAGACCAAGAAAAUGAUGAAAGAGAAAAGGCCUCGCAGCAAACUUCCUCGUGCAUUGAGGGGUCUGAUGGGAGAAGCCAAUAUCAGGUUUGCUCGAGGAGAACGCGAGGAGGCUAUUCUGAUGUGCAUGGAAAUCAUUCGACAAGCUCCUCUUGCUCACGAGCCUUUCUCCACUCUUGCCAUGAUCUAUGAAGACCAGGGUGAUAUGGAGAAGUCAUUACAGUUUGAACUGAUUGCUGCUCACUUAAAUCCUAGCAAUACAGAGGAAUGGGUCAGAUUGGCAGAGAUGUCGCUGGAACAGGACAAUAUUAAACAGGCUAUUUUUUGCUAUGCAAAAGCUUUGAAGUAUGACCCAACCAACGUGCGUUAUCUAUGGGAGAGAUCAAGCCUGUAUGAGCAGCUGGGGGAACAUAAGUUGGCUAUGGACGGCUACAGGCGUAUUUUGAAUCUUUUGUCUCCCUCUGAUGGAGAGCGGUUUAUGCAGUUGGCUAGAGACAUGGCAAAGAGUUAUUAUGAAGCCAAUGAUGCUGCCUCUGCUAUUGAGAUCAUAGAAGAAGCCUUUACUAAACAUCAGAGCCUUGUCUCCAUGGAAGAUGUUAAUAUAGCAGCUGAACUGUAUAUUUCCUCCAAGCAGUAUGACAAAGCAUUGGCGGUUAUUACUGAUUAUGCAGGAAUUGUGCUUGAAAGGAAAGCAUCAGAAGAAAGUCCUGCUGAGGAGAAAAAAGAUGAUGCAGCAGCAGUGGUAGAAACUGAGGAAAGCCAGAAGGCAGUGACUGACAAACAAGGUGAUCCGGCUGCUGAAUCGAGCGCUGCAGCUGUGGAGAAGGUUAGCUGCUGUAUACCUGAAGGGGUUCCCAUAGACAUCACAGUCAAGCUGAUGGUGUGCUUGGUACACUUGAACAUCCUAGAGCCUCUCAACCCUCUUUUGACCACUCUGGUGGAACAAAAUCCAGAAGAAAUGGGUGACUUGUAUUUGGACGUUGCAGAGGCAUUUCUGGAUGUUGGAGAAUACAACUCAGCCCUGCCUCUCUUGAGUGCCCUCGUCUGUUCUGAACGAUACAACUUGGCUGUCGUCUGGCUUCGGCAUGCAGAGUGCUUGAAGGCUUUGGGACACAUGGAGCGUGCCGCAGAGAGCUAUGCUAAGGUUGUUGAUCUUGCUCCAUUGCAUCUGGAUGCAAGAAUCUCACUUUCAACACUACAGCAGCAACUGGGCCGGCCUGAGAAAGCUCUGGAGGCUCUGGAACAAAUGUAUGAUCCAGAUACACUGGCUCAGGAUGCUAAUGCUGCCCAGCAGGAAUUGAAGUUACUCCUCCAUCGGUCUACGCUGUUGUAUUCCCAAGGCAAAACGUACGGUUAUGUAGACACUUUACUGACAAUGCUGGCAAUGCUGUUGAAGGUAGCAAUGAGCAGAGCUCAGGUGUGUUUGAUAUCUAGCUCCAAGUCUGGAGAGAGACACCUCUACCUUAUUAAAGUGCCAAGGAAUAAAAUUUCCGACAAUGAUGACCAGGAGGCAGCGAACUGUGAUGCAAAAGCGAUUUUUGCUGUUCUCACGAGUGUUUUGACAAAGGAUGACUGGUGGAACCUUCUCCUGAAGGCUAUAUAUUCCCUGUGUGACCUCUCCCGCUACAAGGAGGCUGAGCUACUAGUAGAUUCCUCAUUAGAAUAUUACUCAUUUUACGAUGACAGACAGAAGCGCAAGGAGCUGGAAUACUUUGGGCUUUCUGCUGCAAUCCUGGAUAAGAAUUUCAGAAAAGCAUACAACUAUAUCAGAAUAAUGGUAAUGGAAAAUGUCAAUAAACCUCAGCUGUGGAACAUCUUCAAUCAAGUUACUAUGCAAUCUCAGGAUGUCCGUCACCAUCGCUUUUGUCUCCGCUUAAUGCUGAAAAAUCCUGAUAAUCAUGCAUUGUGUGUCCUAAAUGGGCACAAUGCAUUUGUAUCUGGCAGCUUCAAGCAUGCUCUUGGACAGUACGUGCAAGCCUUUCGUGCAAACCCAGAUGAACCUCUCUACAGUCUUUGUAUUGGCUUAACCUUCAUCCACAUGGCUUCUCAGAAAUACGUGUUGAAAAGGCAUGCUCUUCUGGUACAGGGAUUCUCCUUCCUUCACCGCUAUUUGGACCUACGUGGACCAUGUCAAGAAACUUUCUACAACCUUGGCCGCGGCCUUCAUCAGCUGGGGCUACUGCAUCUGGCAAUCCACUAUUACCAAAAAGUACUUGAGCUUCCUCCUCUCACCUUGGAGGGAAUAGAAACCGAUCAGACAGACUUGAGAAGAGAUACUGCCUUUAACUUGUCACUUAUUUAUCACAGCAGUGGAAAUACCAGAAUGGCUCAAAAGAUGUUAUAUACUUAUGCAGUUGUGUGAUGAAGUUUGUGGCAGGUAGAAAUGAUACCCUUUGUAUUAACUCUUGCAUCAUGCAGUGCUGGGGAAACUGGUUUUGUAUGCAUCUUUUUCUGUAUGUGGUCGAAGACGUGGCUUGUGCUGUAUAUAGUUUGUAUGCUGUAUAUGGACUUUUUCUACGUCUGACGUUUGACCUACAUCACGUAUGGAUGGAAACAAUUUGCUCUGAGCACAAGGCUGACAAACAUUGAUGAACUGCUUGAUCUUUUGUAUAGAAUCGAACAGUGAAAACUCAAGCCUAAUAUUUUCUUUAGAAAAAUUUACCAUGUGCAAUAUUACAAGUACUUACAAGCAAGGUUGUACUGUAAUAAAGAGAAAUGGGCUCGUGCUAAUUUCUACAGGAUGGAAAACUCAGUAUUUCUGAGAUCAUUUAAGUGUUCAGUGUUUCUAGGAGUUCAUAUUCCUUGCAGCUCUUCUAUUACAAGGUUGAUUUCUGUUUUGUUGAAAUCCAUGUUACUUUUGUCCUUCUGAACUUGUUAAUAAAAAUUUUGAAGUUAAUGAUGCUUGUUUACUCUUCCAUAGGAAAAAAACAAUAAUAAAGCUUCCAAACAGCAAAAAUUAAUAUAAUAAUAUCAUUUAGCUUGUUAUUGAACAUUGCAAAUGGUCUGGAUUUUUAAGUAGUUUUGACAACUGAACAGCAGCACAGAGUGCUAGAAGCAGGCAGCUCCCAACCUAGCAAGAGAGCAGUAAAGAUUAUAUAGCUAUAUGGAUAUAUAGGCAGGGUUUGGUGCUAAAGCAAAAUAAGGCUGAAAAAAUAUGCUGAAUAGAAAUCAAGCCAUGCUGUUGCUUCCCAAGCACUUGUUAUUUACCUUAUGACAGCUAACUGUUUUUUACUUUCAGCUCACUUUUGUGUGUUUAUGCUUCAUGCUCCAAUCAGUGCUUCAGAAAUGAAUCUUAUAGAAUUGUCUAUGCUAAUUUUAAAGCUAAAACAAAUUGUAUCUCAGAUCAAAUGUUACAUAACAAUAUACUGCGUGUCCACUUCAGCAGGGAAGUGCUGGGCCAUACUGAGAAUACGGAGAUAUGAGAGCCAAAUACCGUGAAAGUCUCACCAACUCUGGAAAGCACAGCAUGUUUACUAGGACUAGUUUACCAGAUUAGUUAGGAAACACUGCCCAAAUCCAAGUCCUCUGCUAAAUUUGCAGAAAUAACUAAAAUGUUUUUUUCAUUUAUAUGUCAGCCUGAAGUAUAGAAAAAUGCAGAAGGAAGAGAAUGACUCCAUCACCUCUGUUUCAUUUUGUAAUCUGUGCUAUCUCAUCACCACCUGUGACGUGAUAGCCAACUGUUUGCUAUGUAAACUUGUGCUGACUCACAAUGUGUGUACAGAUGUGCCAUAAUUGUAUCAGCUUGGUGUAAAAAGUCUCAGUUUAAGUUUUCCCUAUCGUUUAUUGGUCUCUUCAUAUCUUGUAACUCUUCUGAUGUAUUUAUUUUUUUUUCUCCUCACAGUGAAUGACUCCUCUAUCUUCACUUGAAAAAGGUUUAUCAUGUCCUAGGAAGCACAGUCCUCAGCCCUCAGUAUUGAACUAAUGCUUUGAAAACAGAAGCCAGAGGUCCAGUAUGCAGUUUCCCUUUGCAUUAUUUUUUUCCAAAACUGAGUUUGAAAUGCUCAAAAUCCUAUUGCUUAUGUAUUUUAUAAAAUAGAAGAAUUAGUAACAGUUUUAGUCAAUUAUUACAUACGUUACCAAACUACUUGGCUUAAUCAUGGCAUUUGUUAGCUUUUUAUUGCUAAAGAGAUACUUUAUAUAAGAUACUAAAGGCAUAUGUAAGAGACUGCCCGUGAAAGCAUUUACUGCUUAUUUUAGGAACCAAAUACCAGUUUAGUUGUAUUUAUAUGCAUUGAAGAUUGUAGAAAGCUACUAAUUAUCCAUGUUCGCUGUUGGCCACAGGUUGGGAGGAAAAAAAAAUAACAAAAAAACCCCUAACCCACAAUGCUUAGAAAAUUAAUUUUUGAAUACUAUGAAUAUAGUAGAACGUGUGGCUGUCAGGCUUAGCAACUACCAACCACCAUGGAAAGGCUACCAAUGUAGACCUCAACUGUUGAUCCUGCAAAUGGCAGCAAAGCAUUAAUUUACUGUACGUCUUUUUUGCAGUUACAGUGUAUAAAGAGUAGAAUUGCAAGAUAACAUUUAUUGUGGACUUCUGAUGCUUGAAUGGAUUUUAUAUGGUGGUUUUCCCCAAAUCUUUAUAAAGAAAUAGCAUUUUUGUAACUUUAACACAGGGAUACAGGUUUCUAAUGUACAUCCUUUAUUUUUAAUCAGUAUGAUUGCAUCAUUUGCUUCAUUAUGGUUGUCUUAGUACAAAGGAGACUUCAUGUUUUCUUCUUACUGCCGGUUCUUGGUUGAACACUAAUGAACUGUCUCUCAGUUUCUCCUGUAAUUUAGUCCUAUCAAAUCAGAAGUAAAAAUCUAUCUAAAACACAUCCUGGACAUUUGGAAGAGCUAUUUCAUUCUGUGUGCAUCCUGCAAAGCUGCAUCACUUGCUAAGGCAGACACAGCCAAGCCUAAAGGUAGCGUUAAAGGUAUGAGGGGCUCUGGUACAGUAAUGUUUUACAAUUGCUCUGUGUCUCAGUGUUUGUUUGUUUUUCCUGAAAACACAAACAAGUAUAGAAGCAAUAGUAUGCGUUGAAUAUAGAAUAGAAUGUUAGUGUGCAAACUUAAAUACCAAGUUUAAUGGCUGCAUGCAUAUAAUUAGAUUCCACAUAUCAAUAUAUAAAGUAAGUGUAGAUGAAAUUGUACUAAAGAGAGCAGAGGAUUCUGGAACAAUGGAGGUGUGAAGAACUAGCCUUUGAGAUCCAUUGUGCCUUUCUAAAAACUCCUGCAGUGGGAAACCUGAGAAUGGUUGGUUCUGUUACCCUGCCAACAAGCCAUGCAGUGCAGCUGCAGUGUGCUUUUUCACUUGUGUGGGGUGGUAACAACCAUUUGUCCCUCAUUAGGCAGCCUAUUUACGAAUUCAGUAAGGAUUCUUUCAUUAAAAACCUGAGGCAUUAAAAAUGCUAAGAGCACUUCUAGAAGACUUUUUCAACUAUGAUUACACUUUGAGUUAAUGCCAAGCAAAACUAAUGUAGUUUUGGCUGCUGUUUGGCUGGGGGCACUGGAGAUGGAGACAAGCAGGUUAUGCUAAAUCAUCUAGGUCAGUGUAAGGAACAGGUGCAGUGAGUGCCAGAUGAUCUCUGAAAGAACUAGUUUGACUGGGAUGAAUCUAAAGCAUAGGCCUGCUUUUCAACUGCACAACUUUAUGAAGAUCAGGUGAAUGAAAAAUAUUUGCUGGCUUUCACAGUGCUCAACCACCCUAGUUCCUUACAAUAUCCAUCUGCUGAAAGGAGGUCUCUUUAAGAUCAGGUCUUUAAGAAUUAGUCCAGGCUACUAUCGUGUAAAGUUAUAGUUUAGGACCAAAUUUCUGUGGAGCAGGGUGAUUUAAUGCCACUGCAUCCUUGGCCUACUCCGAGGCUCCAGAGGUACACAAGACUUCCCUCACUGAACAGAUAUUGACAAUAACAUGUGUAGAUCCCACAGAAAUAAGUAAUACCAUUGGUCAGAAAGGAGAUGGCAGUUAGCUCUGUUGCAGCAGAUCAGAGUGCAACACCGCCUGUACUAAAGCUAGGUUAUACUGGCAGGUCCAUAUGGCUGAGUAAGCCAUGAUGCAGAUAGCUGGCCCAAAGAAGUACAAACACUGUCAAUUUUAAAAUAAUCUCCAGCUUAUUACAACGUAAGUCUAGUACUCUUAUCCCAGCUUGUUGUUUCAUAGUAAGAGCAGUUAAACAAAUUCCAUUGAUUCUUAUAAAAGUAUAACACUGCACACCUAAUGAAUUCCUUAUAUGCUGCUAAGAUAGCCCAAGGCUUUUGUUCUCUCGUGACUCUGACACCAUUUAUCAUUAGAAGCCAGUCCUGCCAGUUCCUCCCUGUCCUGGUCACGUCAGCAUCUAGCCACAGAUGUAUGACUGCUUUCAGCAAUUCACCUGACCCGUCUGCAAACCAAUCUGAGAUUUGUUUUGAUAGCACUUGCCAGGUCUUAUUCAAAAACUGGUAAAAGUGAUGAAAUCAAAAAUGUAACGCAUUAGCAGUGAUAUGUAAAAAAAUAAUUGUUAUGAAGCCUCAGCAUGCAAAGUUUCUGAUUCAAAAGGAUAAUCCUGUUAGAAAGCUUGUCACUCAUGCACCCACACAAAACAAUCCCUGUAAUGAUGGUGAGGGGUAUGAGGUAAUUUACAAUUGGAACAACUAUUCCUGGGAUCUCCACCUGUGAGUGAGCACCUUUAUUUGCAAGAUAGAGAAGUGUCUUCUCAGAGAUAGAGAAGUAUUUUGAAUCAGGUAAGGUUCCUGAUUCUUCCAGCACCUUGGUGCUUGCAGAAUCUGCUGGUGGCAGAUGAUGUUUCCCCAGGUUGUGGCACACACAGGUGGCUCUGGGCUGCAAAUCACCCAGAUGAGCUCAUUUCCUGGCCAGCUCAGGUCGGCAUUUCUGUUGGUGAGCUUGGGGGUGGGUCUUUAUUCUGCUCUCUGUAGAGGUGUAAGUGGGAAGAUCUGGUGGCCUUUUCUUCUGGGAGUAAAAUGUUUUAUGAAGCUGAUAUUGGAUUGUGGAAUUUCUGUGAUCCCCACCCCAAAAAAACAGAGAUUAUAGUUUUAGUAGCUUAAUAUAUAAGUCUCUUGGAAAGCUGUUAACAAAGCUAUGUAAGAACUGCCAGUUAUGGAGACAGCUGAGGAAUCUACGGAAACAAGGUAAGCACGGCUUUUUGAA